GUCUCCUCCUACGACAUGCACGAAAGUUGGCCACUUAAACUACUUCCAACCAGCCAGCAGACAUUAUACUGAACCCAAACUACACCAAGGGAAAAGAAUAACAGUGCAUUUUUGUCCAAUUCAGAUACACAACUUAAAGUGCAGCUGCUCUAUUUAGCAGAUUUAUAUUUUAUUCGUAGCUGCAGUUAUUUUUUUAUUUUUUAUUUUGGCACGUUCAUCGCAUCAGUGGAGAGAUUUACUUUUAUUCUCCCCGGUGGAAGAAGGGCUUGUCCAGUUUAUCCGCCUGGGAUUGGGAUUUGACAGCAAGACUGAGCAUCUUUUUGAGCAUUUUAAAGACAUUCCGUUUUUGACCUGGACGUUGUGAGGGUAGCAGAUUCGAGUCCGUUUUGUUGUUUGUCUGAGUAGCUGCAGGAUGGCUACUUUACCAGGAACAGUACCUCGGAUGAUGCGCCCUGCGCCAGGCCAGAACUACCCCCGAACCGGCUUCCCCCUGGAAGUAUCCACCCCUCUGGGCCAGGGUAGGGUGAACCAGCUUGGCGGUGUGUUCAUCAACGGGAGGCCCCUGCCAAAUCACAUCCGACACAAGAUAGUGGAGAUGGCCCACCACGGCAUCCGACCCUGCGUAAUCUCGCGACAACUGCGAGUUUCUCACGGUUGUGUCUCCAAGAUUCUCUGCCGAUACCAGGAGACCGGCUCGAUCCGUCCGGGGGCCAUAGGAGGCAGCAAGCCCAGGCAGGUGGCAACUCCUGACGUGGAGAAGCGGAUCGAGGAGUACAAGAGAGAAAACCCGGGUAUGUUCAGCUGGGAGAUCCGGGAUAAGCUGCUGAAGGACGGGGUGUGCGACAGAAGCACAGUUCCUUCAGGUGAGGCUUCAUCUGUGAGCUCCAUCAGCCGCGUUUUGAGGGCCCGAUUUGGCAAAAAAGAUGACGAGGAUGACUGUGAUAAGAAGGAUGAAGAUGGAGAAAAGAAAACAAAGCAUAGCAUCGAUGGCAUCCUCGGUGAUAAAUGUAACCGCACGGAUGAUGGUUCAGAUGUAGAUUCGGAGCCCGACUUGCCCCUGAAGAGGAAGCAGAGACGCAGUCGCACCACCUUCACCGCUGAGCAGCUGGAGGAGCUGGAGAAGGCUUUUGAAAGGACACAUUACCCAGACAUCUACACCAGAGAGGAGCUGGCUCAGAGGACAAAACUCACAGAAGCGAGAGUACAGGUGUGGUUUAGCAACAGGCGAGCUCGGUGGCGUAAACAGGCCGGGGCCAAUCAGCUAGCGGCCUUCAACCACCUGCUUCCUGGAGGAUUCCCACCCACAGGGAUGCCAACUUUACCCACAUACCAGCUACCAGAUUCCAGCUACCCCAGCACCACGCUAUCGCAGGAGGGCAGUACAUUGCACAGACCCCAACCCCUGCCUCCAUCCUCCAUGCACCAGGGAGGUCUGAGUGCUGACAGCAGCUCUGCUUAUGGUCUCUCAUCCAAUCGCCACAGCUUCUCCAGCUACUCUGAUACUUUCAUGAGCCCCUCAGCAUCCAGCAACCACAUGAACCCUGUCGGCAAUGGGCUCUCCCCACAGGUGAUGAGUAUCCUGAGCAACCCGAGCGCUGUACCCUCCCAGCCCCAGCACGACUUUUCCAUUUCCCCCCUGCACAGCAGCCUGGAUAGCUCCAACCCCAUCUCAGCCAGCUGCAGCCAGCGCUCUGACACCAUCAAGAGUGUGGACAGCCUGGCUUCCUCCCAGUCAUACUGCCCCCCCACCUACAGCGCCACCAGCUACAGCGUGGAUCCUGUCACUGCAGGCUACCAGUAUAGCCAGUAUGGCCAGACUGCUGUAGACUACCUGGCUAAGAACGUGAGCUUGUCCACCCAGAGGAGGAUGAAACUUGGAGACCACUCGGCCGUGCUGGGACUGCUGCAGGUGGAGACGGGACAGGCCUACUAAAGCCCUCGGGACACACCCUGCACCACUCUCCUCCGCCCUCUGCCACCCUCCUCCAUGCUCCAUCAAGUCUGGACUCCAACUCCAGCUCGCCUCUCUGCUGCUCACUCUGCAGCCCGGCCAUGACAUCAGCGCACAGACACGCAGCCUCGCUGUGUACCAGAGAAAGUGACGCUUGCGGGUGUGACAAGGCACUUCGGGGAAUGGAACUAAACUUUUCACGCCAUUGUCAACCACCAGGCGGCUCUGCACUCUCUCUUUCUCAAUCUUUUGGCGUCUCUGCCUGCUCCUUGUACUCCUACCCCAGCCCCAAACCCUGUUUUGUUUUGCUCAGAAGGCCAGACAGGACCCCAGAACACCCAAGGAUGAUCGGCCGCCUUGGCCCGGGUUCCUGUUUGUCAUGGCUGCAGUCCAGCACACAUUUAGAGCCAUCAACAACAUGUACUUUGACCUUGCUGUUCAUAGUAGUUAACAAAGCCAAUAUCAUUUGAACGACUCUUAUUCCUUUUUGAUAUUGUUAAGAUUAUUGUUGCUGUUAUACGAUUAUGGUUAAUGUGAUUUAUGUUGUUCUUUGAUUCCAUUCGUAUCUCUUUUCUCUGUUAGAUGUUGGUGUUUAAAACAGUGUGGGUGACUGAGAUGAUUUGGGAGUGAGUGUCUGUUGCGUGUGCAUGUUUUGCGUGUCGGCACAGUCACACAAGAGAGGAUGAUUGUUUUCCAAGCUGCUGUUCCUCUCCCUGUUCCCUGAGCUCUAAUGUUCGUGAGCGAUUUGACCUUCCCACUUUCAUAUUCAUCUUGACAUUCCUAAAGAACUUGGCCACUCUGUGGGAAGUCUAGCUGGAUGGAUUCUGUGGGGAAUUAAAGCAGCAUUUUGGCGGCCAACAGCUUUCCCCUUCUAACUUCCAUCACAUCUUUAGCCGCGGUCCAUGGGGAGGGGGGCAUUGUUUGCAAAAACAGGAUUGAGGAAAUUAAUGUAUUUUGUUUAGAAAUAUGGACCUUGCCAAGGAGGGCUAACUCAAUCACCCCCCCAACCCUCCACCACCACUCCUCCCAAAUCCCAUCUGCCAGGGAACCCUGUGUGACUUUAACAGUGUAAAGCAGAUUAAAUCACACUAAAAUAAUGUCAAAGCUAAUUCACAAUGACCCUUUCCAUUACUAGCCAGUAUUUCUGUUUUUAUAGAGUAAUUAACACAUUUUGUAAAUGCACCCUCAGUUGGUUUCCACUCUCGGACUAAAUAAGCAUUCCUCGAAACAUUCCACAGGCUCCAUCUACGAAUAUAGUAUAAGCAUUCCAACGCUUUCUGUUAUGAGAUUAAAAAGUACACAAGCUGUGCCAUUCACAUGCACUCUGGAAAAUCAUAUAAUCCAGUCAGUUGUGAAAGGGCACAGGUAACACUGAUUGGCCCCCCUCUCUGGUUUGGACUGGAGCCCCCUCUAAUCCUCUGCUUUGACGUACUCAUUGAAAUGUACAAAAAGAAGAAAAGAUUUUAAGAAUAGUGGAUAUGAGACAUUUGUGUAGCACUCAUAGUUGACUUUUGACACGAUCCAGGGCCAGCUGUUCCUUUGAGAUGUGUGUGAUUUUUUUCAUUGGCAUCAGUGUGAUGAUGAUGUACACAGAAUUGUUCACUUAUAUCUCAAGACAGGAUGUGGUCCUCAGUCGCCUAUAGGAACUGAAAACUGUACAGUAGCUGGAGCAGAUUGUGUAUUGCUUGUUUAUAAAGAGUAUGUUUUAUACUAAAACAAAACUAUGUCGAGUGGUAGGUAAGCGAGGGAUCUGUGGAAGUAAAUGUUUGAUUUGAGUUUCCUCAACUGGCUUGUUUCCUGUUGGUUUUGUUUUAAUUGUAUUUAAUUGGUUUACUUGUUUUGACCAAAAGUUUUGUUUCUGUUUUGGGCCCAGGUAGGAAUGAAUUUGUAUAAAUUAGUCAAAUAUAAAUUCCAUUAAAAAUGUUCCAAUUAAAAAUGUAUAAAAGAGGAUCAAACUGAGCUUAAUGGAAAAUGAAAGCUUGGUGACACAGAUAGACUCCCUGGACCACAGGACCACUGUAUAUUUGAAAGGUGGCUGGAUGAAACAUAGUCAUGUGUCAGAGCAUUUUGAGGGUGUUUUUGACCACCUGAUCUUACAGACUGAUUAUUAGUGCAGACCAGACUUGACUGGACAAUGGACCUGAACACACCUGAACCCCCCAAGACUUUCGGUGUGGGAGUCUACCAACGGUUCCGCAUGAUGAUGAAGCUGAUGAAGACAGCCUCUCUGCUCUGGGAAAAUGAAUCGAGUCACAUUUGAUUUGUGGACCAAUAAGACUUCAGGAGAAAAAGUCAAAGUAACGCUGACUCCGCACUGAAUCGCAGCAGUUCCAACUGCUCCGCUUAGACGCCUCACUCAUGUGUAUAUUUUAAAAAGGAAGAAUUUUAGAAUCGUCUUUAGUGUAUCAAACUCAUUUCUAACACUUGCGUCAAUAAACAUUUGGAUAUUUAAAGCAUACAACUCCUUAUCCCCCCUCCCGUCUGUUUGCCCCUUAACCUGUUUAGUUGCUUUCUGACAUCUGUGCUUUGCUUUACUCCUUUUUCUGUUCCGCAUGUGUGUAUAUUAUCAUGGUAUAAUUUAUUCUGCUGUAUGAAGUAUUAGAGUAGUGGGAAACUUGUACUGGUAUUUACUACCUUCAGCCUGUUGGUGUGUUUACUGUAACACUGGCGUAACUGUUAUCAAUUAAAGAUCCAAAACUGA